AUGGUCGGAUGUCGGAUCAGGAACAGGAAGUGAAGUCACCGUUGUGGCUGUGUGAGUUAGCUCGAGUCCAAGCGACUCUUCUGAUUAAAGUUGAGUAAUUAAAAGGGACUUCAUGGUUGAUUAAAGUCCGUGUGUGGUUGAGAAGCAGCGCUGCGUGGAUCUUCAGCUGAUAUUACAGUAGUGUCUGUGAGUACUGUAGUAUUACCGCGGUAUAUCGCUGAUAUCUCUCGGAUUCACGCAGCUCUCUGGAAACAUCGAGGGACUGGCUCAUGUUUGUUUGACAUUCAUUCCUUUUUUAUUCAAUUUUAUAAAAGAAGAGGAUCAAAGUCACUCGUAAUAAAUGCCAGAGACUGCUGAGGACUGAAAUCAUGGAGCGCAGCUGAACGAACACAUCCACAGCCGAGUCAUGUCUCUGCCGGAGGAAGCAGGGGAUCGUGGGAAGGAGCGGGAGCGCGGCGCACGUCCCAAGGUUCGUCAGAGCCGCUCCGAGGAGAGACGAGACGGAGGGAGGCGGAAGAGCAGGACAAGGAAGAAGAAGAGCCACCCGUCACAUGACCUGACCUCGGAGCGGCCCUUGAGCGACGGCUUCCAGUACGGAGAUCUGCUGGAGUCCAGCUCAUCCUCUCAGGUCCUGGGAUCGUCCGGAUCCCUGCUGUCCGAACCGGUCUCCACCAAACACUCCCUCGCCUCUGACUCCAGGAGCAGCAGGACGCUCCGCCAGAAGAUCCAGGACGCAGUGGGCCAGUGUUUCCCCAUCAAGAGCCAAGUCCUGUCCCCCUCGCCGUCCUCCAGGCGUAAGAUCCUCCUCAGCGAGCUCAUGCUGGACAGCUGUCCGUUCCCCGCCGGCUCGGACCUGGCACAGAAGUGGUACCUCAUCAAGCAGCACACGGCUCCCAUCUCUCAAGCUCCGGUUCUAGACUCCCGACCCACGCUUGCUGUGGAGGACGAGGACGACCGCUUACGAGAGAGACGCCGGAUUAGCAUCGAGCAGGGAGUCGAACCUCCACCCAACGCUCGGAUACACACCUUCGAAGUGACGGCACAAAUCAACCCGCUGUACAAGCUCGGACCCAAACUAGCUCCGGGGAUGAAUGAGUUAGCCGGAGACGAGCGUGCGACGCUGCUCCUGCAGAGCUGUUUGGAGACGCUGGAUGAGGUCACUGCGUCCAGCACACCGUCUGACCCGGACUCGACCGCUGCGUCCCCGUCCUCACGCUCCCUCUCCGUCGCGCCUCUAGUUCAGCCGGACAGUCCCAAAUCACUCCACGGAUUCCAUCGCAUCCACACACAGAUCGACUACAUCCACUGUCUAGUCCCCGAUCUGCUCCGGAUCACUAACCUGCCGUGCUACUGGGGCGUCAUGGACCGAUACCAAGCCGAAACACUGCUGGAAGGCAAACCCGAAGGAACGUUCCUCCUGCGUGACUCUGCUCAGGAAGACUACCUGUUCUCGGUCAGCUUCCGGAGGUAUGGACGCUCGCUGCACGCACGGAUCGAGCAGUGGAACCAUAACUUCAGCUUCGACGUGCACGACCCCAGUGUGUUCCACGCUCCCACCGUCACCGGUCUGCUGGAGCACUAUAAAGACCCCAACUCCUGCAUGUUCUUCGAGCCGCUGCUGUCGAACCCCAUCCACCGCUCGCAGCCCUUCAGCCUGCAGCGCAUCUGCCGCGCCGUCAUCAGCAGCAGAACCUCGUACGACGGCAUCAACGCUCUGCCGCUGCCCAGCGCUCUGAAGGAGCACCUGAAGGAGUACCACUACAAGCAGCGCGUGCGCAUCCGCAGACUGGACACCUGCUGGGACUGACCACACGUGCCCUGAUCGAACCACGCCAGUGCCUUCCCCACGCUUCUCACUGUGAGCGCUGAACGCUGUUAGCUCUUCCUUAUGACAAUGAACGGAGUAACACUGAAUCUGUAUUCUGUAUUUAUGAUCGUUCUCAAGACGAGGGAGUUAAGACCCGUUCAGGCCGAGAGCGAUAACUGUAACGAUGAUUAUAACACUGACUAGGGCUGCACAACUACGCAAUCGUUCAAAGUCCUCUCCUUUUAUUCUGUGUCCUUUACUUUCUACAUCUUAUCUUAAGGUUUUGUCAUUGUUUUAAUUUUAGUUUUAUGUAACAUUAUAAUACGAUUCAUAUUUUUACUUUUUUUAUGAUUUAAAGAAACCAAUUCGAUUUAUGGUUGACAUUCGUGGGUUAAUACUGUAGAAACGUACAAAGUUUUUCAGCUUGUUUAUUUUCAUAUAAGAAUAAGGCAUACAGUUGCAUCAAACAAUGGUAUAAACAUAAUAUAGUUUUAAUUGUUAUAAGCGUAAUUAACAAUCGCAAGUACAAAUUCAAGGGAAUAAUGAAGAGUUAUGAUCUUUGCUAUAAUUGUGCAGCCCUACACUGACGUAACCCUUCCGCUGACCAUUGAAUGUCCAUUUUUAAAUUAUAUUAGGUGUCAUUUUUAUCAAGAACAUAUAUUAAAUAAUCUUCCCUCGAAACGCCAUUGGGAUAGUUUUGAGAAGCGAUUGGCAGGUUUUGUUGUAAACACUGUGUAACACUGACUCUAAAGUUGACUUUUACGAUAUUGAUCGACUAUAACUAUGUUACAUUGAAUAUAAUGAUGACUUGAACAACCACAACAGCGAUAAUUAUAACGAUAAUUAUAUUAGCGCGCUCAUAAUUAACGGUCCGUUUAUUUUAAGGGCGUGCUGUCGCUUUAAAUUCUCAAGCGCUGUAGAGUUGGUGGAUUCUGAUUGGCUGUCAGUGUUUUUAUCGUUCAUCAGCUGAAAUCGUUUCUCUGUUGUGAUUGUAAUAGUGCUGACAUGCUAUUCUCUCGGAGUUAGAGUUAUUAUUAAAAGCUAUCGCUACAGUUAUCGUUCUUUAAUUCCUCGCAUCAGAUGACGUCAGAGAUCUCGAUCUUCAUCACAUCAGUCUCUCACUCAUUCCACACACAAACGGGCGAUUAGAGUUUGAAUCCGGAUUCUCUGGUUUUCCAUCUGAGCGUCAGAAACGGAUUGGAGAAACGCUCAUUCAUUCAUCAUUCUUUCCACUCCAUUGCUUUUGUUUUUAAUGUUCUGUUUCUGUGUUUUGUUGCAAUCCCACAAUUGAUUUAUUUAAUCUAGAAACCAAAUAUUUGAGCAUUUUCAACUACUGAAACCUCAUUGAAAAACAACAGCAACGAGUGAAUCUUCAACAACAGGUCUAUUAGAAAUGCUUGUAAAACUCUGACCAUGUUAAAGAUGUUCCGGAAACUGCAGCACUGAAUCUGAACCGAAGGAUGUGUUUGGAGACUAAACUAAAUCAGAUCAGCCGGAUGUUUUCUAUGAAAUGGAUUGCUUUUUGUUUUGUGUCGGUUUCAGGAGGACCAUCAUGAAUGUCACAAACUUCUUGCCUGUUUUUUUUUUUUUUUUGUUUGACACUGGUAUUUAUUUAUUUUCUAUUUAAGGCUUGCCUAAUAUUCUUAACAUUUUCCUUAUGUAUUUCUGAUUUAUUAAAGCCAAGUGUGAAUAAUUUUAUUGAUGUGUAUGGUGUAAAAAAGCACAUAUUAAUAAACUGUAUGUAUCUUUUCUCA